AUGAUCGAAUUACUGUUAGACUUUUUGUUACAAUUGCUUUUAUACUUACUUCGUAUGCCAAUUUUAAAUUAUCUGGAAAAAUUGAUCUCUUGCUUAUUUUCUUCUCAUAAAAAGCCUUCUUUAGACGUUUUGCAUAAAAGUGAUAAUUUUAUUAUUGUCAAUAAACCAUUCGAUAUUUUGAUUAACAGCGAUGAUAGCAAAGUCAAACCCACUGUUCAAACGUUACUAAAAGACACCUUUCCAAACUUGGCCAAUUCCGAUUUAUUUCAUGAAUUCCAUUUUGCAAAUCGUUUAGAUUAUUCGACAAGUGGUGUUAUGUGCAUUGCAUUAACAAAGACAUCAUGCUCGGCAGCUGUGAAAGCUUUUGAGAAAAGACAUGCCAAAAAAUAUUAUUUGGCAUUACUCAGAGGACAUUUGGAAGAAGAAUUUACAAACGUUGUGCAAGGCGUUGGUGAAGAUAGGAGGCAUGUGAAAGGUUCCCACAAAAUGUGUGUAGCAUCUGAUGAGAAUUGUCAGUCCCCACGUGAUGCAAGUACUAAAAUUAUGAUAUUAUCAAAAGGCUUGUAUAAUGGAAAAGAAGCUACUAAAGUUUUGAUUAGGCCGCACACAGGCAGAAGACAUCAAAUACGUGUCCAUUGUCAGUUUAUCGGUCACCCUAUAAUUGGGGAUUACACAUACGGUCGAUCAGAGGAUAAAAGGCCUUAUAGAAUGUUUUUACAUUCAUACAGAUUGAUUUUACCAAAUGAGAUUGAGGAUUUAGAUGUCCAAUCUAAGGAUCCAUUUACAGAAUCUGAUCCAAAAAUCAAAUGGGUCCCUAAAGAUGUUAUAAAUAAAUUGGAAGAGUCAUCGUUUGAGAAAAUAAAUAGAGAUAUGAUGAAUGAAAUUUGUAGAAAUUGA